AUGUUUAAGCACUGUAGCAUUAAGGAAGAAACAGACAGCACUGGGAAGAUGGAUCGCGUUAAUGGUGAUUACAAAAACUCGGCCUGUCUGUUCCAAAAUGAAGUGGUGGCUGAAAAUGGUCAAAAAGCGGUAAAGCCGAAUUUACGUCUAAAAGUGCCAAUUCCAAUGAGGCUCAAAAACCAUUUGGUUUCCGAGGAAAAUUUUGAUGUUCUUCAUUCGCAUGUUGAUGAAGUUUCCAGUUUUAACACAAAAUGCACAGCAAAAGUUUGUCAAACAAGCAUCAUGGAUAUACCCAACCGAGGAGAUGUGCCACGUACAUCUGAAGAAAUUUACAAAGAAGCGCAAGCUUUUUUAAACGAAUAUUACGCAUCCAUUCGCAGAGAAAACUCUGACGCACACAUAGCAAGGCUGAGAGAAGUUCAGAAGGAGUUGGCAUUCAAAGGGACUUAUGAUUUAAAAACUUCAGAAUUGGUAUUUGGUGCGAAGUUGGCUUGGCGUAACGCAACAAGGUGUAUUGGCCGAAUACAAUGGAAGAAAUUACAGAUAUUCGACUGUAGAGAGGUAACGACUGCCAGUGGGAUGUUUGAAGCCCUCUGUAAUCAUAUCAAGUACGCCACAAAUAAAGGAAAUAUAAGGUCAGCAAUAACAAUAUUUGCACAACGCGUAGAUGGUAACCAUGACUACAGGAUUUGGAAUCCGCAACUUAUCAGCUACGCGGGUUAUGUUGAACCAGAUGGCUCUAUAUUGGGGGAUCCAGCUCGUGUUGAAUUUACAGAAGUUUGCAUCAAACUUGGCUGGAAGUCGCCUCGUACAGCAUGGGAUAUAUUACCACUGGUUUUAUCCGCCGACGGUAGAGAUCCAGAGGUUUUUGAAAUUCCACGUGAAAUAAUAAUGGAAGUACAAAUAGAACAUCCCCGUUUUGAUUGGUUUAAAGGCCUCGGAUUGCGUUGGUAUGCCUUGCCGGCUGUUUCAAACAUGAGAUUGGACUGCGGUGGAUUAGAAUUCACUGGUACAGCCUUCAACGGUUGGUACAUGGGUACAGAAAUUGGCUGUCGCAACUUCUGUGAUGUCAAUCGGCUUAAUAUUAUUGAAGUUGUAGCAUUAAAAAUGGGCCUCGACACAAACUCAUACGCAUCAUUGUGGAAGGACCAAGCGCUAGUAGAAAUCAACAUUGCCGUACUUUAUAGUUUCCACAGAGAUAAUGCGUCAAUUGUUGAUCACCACUCAGCUUCUGAACAAUUUAUAAAACAUCUAGAGAAUGAAAAUAAGAGCAGAGGCGGCUGUCCAGCUGAUUGGAUCUGGAUAGUCCCACCGAUGUCUUCUUCGCUGACUUCAGUGUUUCACCAAGAAAUGGCCUUGUAUUACUUAAGACCCUCUUAUGACUAUCAGGAGCCUGCGUGGAAAACACAUCGGUGGUCGAAGUCCGAAAACAAGAGCAAUGGACACAGAAAGUUCCACUUCAAGCAAGUAGGCCGAGCUGUAAAGUUCACUUCGAAACUUUUUGGCCAAGCUCUUUCUAAACGAAUAAAAGCGACUAUUUUGUAUGCUACAGAAACGGGAAAAUCUGAACAAUACGCUAAAGAAUUAGGAAUUAUAUUUGGACACGCAUUUAAUGCACAGGUACAUUGCAUGUCAGAAUACGAUAUGUUCUCAAUAGAACAUGAAACGCUCCUGUUGAUCGUAACUUCCACCUUUGGCAACGGAGAACCGCCUGCGAAUGGCGUUGAAUUUGCUGAACAUCUUUUUCAGAUGCUUUACAAUGAAAAAAAGAACCAAGGUGAUCAAACAGGGGAUAUUACGGGAAACUUCAAGAUUCCAACUCCAAAAGCUUUGAUGAGAACAAACAGUAUGGUGACUUCAAAUAAUGAUCAUGUGUAUAAAAAGCAGCUGUCACGAUUGGAGUCCAAUAAGAGUAGUGUAGCAGGGACAUCAUCAAUAGAAAAUAUAGGACCGUUAAGUAAUGUUUGUUACGCGGUUUUCGCACUUGGGUCUAGUGCGUACCCAAAGUUCUGCAAUUUUGGAAAGGCCAUAGAUAAAGUACUUGAAGACUUAGGAGGCGAAAGACUUCUUGAAGUAGCUUGUGGAGACGAAAUGUGCGGACAGGAGCAGAAAUUUCGUAACUGGUCUUCUAAUAUAUUUCAAGUAGCUUGUGAUACAUUUUGUUUAGAAGAAAAUGAAAUGGUAAAAGAUGGUAAAAAAGCUCUAGGUAUGGUACCUCUCAGUGAAGACACAGUAAGAUUUGGAAAACCUGAUGAAAUCAAGACCAUGAAAUGCGCCCUUGAAACAGGAUUUAGAAAGCAGUUAUUGACAUGUAUUGUAAAAGAAAAUAAACAUUUAGGUGAUGUUACUGCUGACCGUGCUACGAUUUUUGUUGAUAUGGAGUCCCAGAGUGAAUUAAGGUAUGAACCGGGCGACCAUGUUGGUAUUCUUGCUUGUAACCGGAAGGAGAUUGUAGAUACUGUAUUAAGUAGAUUAAAGGAUGUGGAUGAUUAUGAUAAGCCUGUUCAACUACAAGUUCUAAAGGAGACUCUUACACCAACAGGCGCAAUAAAAAAUUGGGAGAAACAUGAACGUAUGCCAGCAGUCUCUGUACGAGACAUUUUUACACGAUUUUUAGAUAUAACUACACCGCCAUCUACAAAAGUUUUAAAAUACCUAGCAACAUCAUGUAGUGAGAAAAAAGAUAUUGAUUUCAUUAAUGAACUAGUUGAGGAAUCUAACAAAUAUGACGACUGGAGGCAUUACCAUUAUCCACAUUUGGCAGAAGUACUUGAUCUUAUACCUUCAUGUAAACCGCAAGCAUCCUUACUUGCAAUGUUACUUCCUCAUUUGCAGCCAAGAUUUUACUCCAUUUCAUCGUCACCCUUAGCACAUACUCAAAGAAUUCAUGUAACUGUAGCUGUUGUUAUUUACAAAACACAAGGUGGACAAGGAUCAACACAUUAUGGCGUUUGCUCUACGUACCUGCAGAGUCUAAAACCAGGCGAUGAAGUUACAGUUUUUAUACGACACGCACCAAACUUCCAUUUGCCUCAAGACAUAUCAGUACCCCUUAUUUUGGUCGGACCUGGGUCGGGCAUUGCUCCAUUUAGAGGUUUCUGGCAUCAUAGAAAAUGUCAAAUAAUGGAUUCAAAGGUAACGAAGACGGGGCCGAUUUGGUUAUUUUUUGGUUGUCGUUACAAAAGUAUGGAUUUAUACAAAGAAGAAAAAGAAGAAGCUUUAGCUAACGGAAUUCUUAGCAAAGUAAUGUUAGCACUUUCAAGGGAAGAGGGAAUAAAUAAGAAACACGUGCAAGCUCUUCUGGAGGAUGAAGGCGCAAAUAUUACGCACAUGAUUUUAGAAGAGAGAGGUCAUAUUUAUGUGUGUGGUGAUUGUAAAAUGGCCGAAGAAGUGAAACAGAAAUUAAAACAAAUAAUAAAUACUCAUGCGAACAUGGCAGAAGAUGAGGCUGAAGACUUCAUUUUAGAGUUAAUGGAUGAGAAUAGGUAUCAUGAGGAUAUCUUCGGCAUUACACUUCGCCGAUCGGUAAUACACAGUACAUCACGAGAAACAGCAAAACGAAAGCGACUUGAGUCGAUACCUAGUAACUAG